AUGACGAAGCUGAUUCUUUCCACGGGAUCGAAUCUCGAACUGACCAACUCACUGCGGAGCAACUUCCUCGCUGCCCAGCAGGAUUACUCGCCCGCCGAGGACUCUUCGCCUAUCGACGAUGAGCCCGUCAACGGGAACGGCGUCUUGAACGGUCACUCAAACGGCUUCUCCCACAGCGACUCUGGUCGGCCCCGCAUCGAUGUGUGGACCGUCCGCGAGAACGAUGCUCUCUACAUCCCCCGCAUAGAUUGGUCCUAUUCCGGUCUGCAGGAGGAGUCCGACAACUACGACAUUACCGUCAAGCUCUUCUUCCUUCCCAACGCCCCCGCACAGGACCGCGCCCGGUAUGUCCAGGAUGCCUUGAGCCUCGUGCGAAAGGAGCUGGGCGUCACGACAAUAGACCUGCUCAUCGCUUCGUUCCCCGGCAUGUCCUUUGAGGGCGACUGCGAAUGGGAGGCUGACAAGCGCAACGCCUCCCAGGGCAACAUCGACGAGGAGGCCGCGACGUGGACGGUGCUGGAGGAUUUGUAUAACCGGGGCGAGGUCAAGGCCCUCGGUAUUUCCGAGUUCGGCACCGAAAAGCUGGCUAGGUUUAUCAAGAAGGUCAGCGUCCGCCCGGCCGUCGACCAGAUCAACAUCAAGGACUGCUGCAGCGUGCCGCCCACGCUGGUCAAGUUGGCCAAGGCGGAGGGCGUUGAGCUACUCGUCCACACAGACUGCACCGACAUCCUGCCCCGAGGCACCCUCCGCGACCUCCUCGGCCACGGCUUGCAGGGCGCUGGAGUCCUCGCCGACCCCGCCGAGGGCAAGGAUGGUCUUGAGGGCGACCUCACGCCGGAGUGGGUUGUCAAGUACACUGCAUUCGUGAAAGACCGGGGUGUUAUCGAGAACAAGGGAUACUUCGCUGGCGCGGAGCUGGUUGAGACCUUGUAG